AUGGCUGACCGUGGUGCAAGCGCCCCCGCCCGUGGAGGUGGUGGUUUCGGAGCUCGUGGCGGCGACCGUGGUCGUGGACGUGGCCGUGGUCGCGGACGUCGCGGCGGCAAGAGCGAGGAGAAGGAGUGGCAGCCCGUCACCAAGCUCGGUCGUCUCGUGAAGGCCGGCAAGAUCAGCUCCAUGGAGGAGAUCUACCUUCACUCCCUGCCCAUCAAGGAGUACCAGAUUGUCGACUUCUUCCUGCCCAAGCUCAAGGAUGAGGUCAUGAAGACGACGACGCAACAAUCGCCCAAUGCAGAUGAGAUUUGGGUUCUUCGGAGUCUAUGGGAUAUCAAAUUGGUUUUGGAGAGGAAGGGAAAUGCUAAUUCGUCGUUUUUCUUUCCCCAAUUGCAGAUCAAGCCCGUCCAGAAGCAGACCCGUGCCGGUCAGCGCACGCGUUUCAAGGCCAUCGUCCUCAUCGGUGACUCUGAGGGCCACGUCGGUCUCGGAAUCAAGACCUCCAAGGAAGUCGCUACCGCUAUCCGCGCUGCCAUCAUCAUCGCCAAGCUUAGCGUCAUCCCCGUCCGUCGCGGAUACUGGGGAACCAACCUCGGUGCCCCCCACUCCCUGCCCACCAAGGAGUCUGGAAAGUGCGGUUCCGUCACCGUCCGUCUCAUUCCCGCCCCCCGCGGUACCGGCCUUGUUGCCUCUCCCGCCGUCAAGCGUCUUCUCCAGCUCGCUGGUGUCGAGGACGCCUACACUUCCUCCGCCGGUUCCACCAAGACCCUCGAGAACACCCUCAAGGCCACCUUCACCGCCGUCUCCAACACCUACGGCUUCCUUACCCCCAACCUGUGGAAGGAGACCAAGCUCAUCAGAUCGCCUCUCGAGGAGUACGCGGACACCCUGCGUGAGGGCAAGAAGUACUAG